AUGCGUUCACCGGUCAACGCACUUUUGAGGAAGUGGCACGAAAAACUGAGCCUAUCGCGACAAUCACCGCCAUCUUGGUAUCGCGACCGACUUCGUGAAGAGUUGCUGGAACGACGCAACGCGAGUUGUCCUAUGCUCAAACUGAGUGAGACGGCUGACGUCUUCUUCACCAUCAUCCGAGCGCAAUACGACGGGUUUCCGAUCCGAUGUCUACCGCCUUACACGUUCCGACAUAUCCCUAUCUACGCCUAUAUGAUUACAAAGUACACCUUACGUUGGAAGCUGUAUCGAACGACGGCCCGCCUUUGCGGUGACCCUCAUUUUGCCCAGGUGUGCGAAGUUGUGAACCCGAGGAAGGACCACAAGCUUAACGAAGUCGCCCUUCGGCACAAUAUUGACGAAGCGCAGUUUAAGCAAGUCUGUCGACGACUGCAGCUGGUAUGGCCCCUUCUACCAUAG